GUGCAAGGUAGCCUUGCUGCUAUAAGUCAAGCAUACGCAGCCCUGGGUCCUGCCAAAGACUUGUGCUCUGGAACCGCCGUCAGCCACAAUUUUCCCGUCUAAUGUGCUCAUCACAGGACUUCGCCGCGCGCCGGAAGUGCUCCAGAUUUAAACGGGCAACAACUUUUCAUGGCAACAACAGUACUUGGCCGCUUGGCCGCCACAACGAUGACGGAAACAUGGAUCGCCCCUCCGAUCCGUAUUAUCGCCGACCUGACCGUUACGAUACGAAGCCGCAGCCUUAUGGGCUAUGCCAGCUUCCCAGUGGCUGUCCGCAGCGGGCACGCUUAGCCGACGAAUGCCUUUCGGACUUGAACACGGACAAUCCAUUCACCAUUGCCAUGGUGGUGCGGGAAGAUGAACGUCGAAUUCAGAUUCAGUCACAAAUCGCUGGUCUACAUCCCCACGAACAGACUGAACAACGCCAUAAUGAGGAGAUCAGGAUUCAAGCAUGGAACCGCAUCAAGGCCCUACAUGAUCGCCAGGAUAGCGGCUGGAAGCGCCUCAGAGACGAGUACGUUGCAGCUGACCACAAAGGGGACAGCCACGGCUCUGCCAGGGAAAAUUAUAGGUGAAGGUGGAGCAAGGACAAGAUCACCAAAACGCAGCAUCGCAGACAGGCUUGACACAGAGGUCAAGUGAAACAACGUGGCGUGGCGUUCAAUAUCCGUUCUAGCGGAUGAGACUUCAAGAAAGGACGCAUGAUCAAGAUGGGUUAAUGUCUUGGCUGAUGAUGAAGGAGCAUUGGGUGAUAAAUUAGAUAGGGGGCUUUCCGAUUGCUUGAGUU